AUGAAAAUCAUAUACUGGAACGUCCGUGGAUUGGGGAGGCCACGGGCAGUGAGAAGGCUUCGGUUUUUACUGAAGCAAAAUAAUCCUCAAUUGGUCUUCUUCAUGGAGACUAAGGUUAGUGGAAAGCGAAUGGAGAAAAUUAGGAGGAGGUGUGGGUUUAUGAAUGGGAUAGAUGUAGAUGCAACAGGUUCGCGGGGAGGCAUUUGCCUAGCAUGGAAAGAGGCGGUACAAGUUGAGCUUAAAACUUUCUCAACCAACCAUAUUGAUGUGCUGAUCGAAGAAGGAACUAAUAAAGAGUGGAGAUUCACCGGCUUUUAUGGAUCCCCUUACUCACAGAAUAAAAAUACUUCAUUGGAUUUAUUAAGAUCUUUAGGACAGGAACAAGAGCAUCAUUGGUUGGUAAGUGGAGAUUUUAAUGAAAUUGUUUAUUCCUUCGAAAAAAUGGGAGGUCGACCGAGGGAGGAGAAAAGGACGGAAGUGUUCCGUGAAGUUCUAAAAGAAUGCUCUCUUAUUGAUGUGGGAUACUCGGGUAAAUGGUAUACAUGGGAAAGGGGAAAUUUACCGAAAACAAAUAUCAGAGAAAGACUAGACAAGAGUGUAGCGAAUGAAAAAUGGAUGAAAUUAUUUCCAACAGGUAGCGUACACCACUUAACGUCUUCACUCUCAGAUCAUUGUCCUCUUUUAAUUAGUACCAGUACUGAAAUUAAUUUGAAGAGAAUCCCAGUUUUUAAAUUUGAAGCAUGGUGGACUACAGAGAAAACGAUUGAAGAGGAGAUAAAGAGUUCAUGA